GAGAGAGCACAGAGUAGAGGAUUGUGCAUCAGUCUGUUGGCGCUCAAAUGGGUAAUUGCGCACACAGCCGACUGGACUAUAGUGGCGACUCCAAGUACGACCCAGGUGUGAAGGCGUCCUAUUUCUGAGCGGCAUGCAGGGAUCAGGGGGUUUGGACCGCUGCGGAAAACUUGCUUCUGCUGCUCAAGUCAUGCUCAAUGUGCAACUCUGAAGCCGCAUAAACUGAGACUGAGAGCAGUUUAACGCGUCUCUUAUCGUUCUUUUUUUUUUUAACCCCCCCUAGAGGAUUACUCCUUCCCUCGGUAACCAUGGGUUCUGUGAUGUUGGACUGGCGGUUAUCAUGUCUUCUUCUGCAGGCAGCUGUUUUGCUGCUGCUCAGCAAGGGGGAGAGGAUGUGCCCCGUGAGUUGUCGCUGCGAAGGAAAGAUUGUUUAUUGCGAGUCGGGCAUCUUCCACGACGUUCCAGAAAACAUCACCACGGGAUGCCAAGGUCUGUCUCUGCGUUACAACAACCUGCAGGUUCUGCUGCCGUACCACUUCGCUCAUCUCGGUCAGCUUGUGUGGCUUUACUUGGACCACAACUCAAUCAAUGCCAUAGAUGCUUUAGCUUUCCACGGGGUGCGCAGGCUGAAGGAACUGAUCCUGAGCUCAAACAAAAUAUCCCAUCUGCACAACAACACAUUCAGUGCCAUACCAAACCUGAGAAAUCUCGACUUAUCCUAUAAUCAGCUGCAGUCUCUCCAUCCCGGACAUUUCUACGGGCUGCGCAAGCUACAGAAUCUCCACUUCAGGUCCAAUGGACUGAAACAGAUCCUUGUUCGUACUUUUUUGGAAUGCCGCAGCCUGGAGUUCCUCGACCUGGGUUAUAACCGCUUGCGGAGCCUUACCCGCACCGCGUUUUUGGGGCUGUUCAAGUUGAGGGAGCUUCAUUUAGAGCACAAUCAAUUUACCAGGAUUAAUUUCUUUAUUUUCCCACGCCUCAGCAACCUCCAGGCUCUUUAUUUGCAGUGGAAUCGCAUACGAUUCAUCAAUCAAGGUGUGCCGUGGACUUGGCAGAAACUUCAGAAACUGGACCUCUCGGGGAAUGAAAUCCAAAUCUUGGAUCCCGCUGUUUUCCAGUGCAUGCCAAACUUACAGAUACUGAACCUCGAAUCAAACAAGCUGAGUAGCGUGCCUGUGGAGGCUGUGGCAGCAUGGACUUCGCUGACCACCAUCAGCCUGGCAGGUAACGCCUGGGACUGCAGCCCCAGCAUCUGCCCUCUCAUGACAUGGCUGAGAACCUUCAAAGACUCCAAAGACAUCAGCAUGAUAUGCAGCAGUCCCAAGUCUGUGCAGGGCGAAAGAGUGGUGGACGUAGUGAGAAACCACUCAGUAUGCAUAGACAUGUUAAAUGUGUUCUCGACCACUUUCAUCAUUAGGGGUUCAGCUGAAAUUGUGAACAUCACAGCUCCCCCGUCUCCCUCUGAUGUUACAGACCUGGCUGCACAGACAUCCACCGAUUCGCCUGUCCAGCCUGGCAGGACAGACAGAGAGACAACAGAGUCCACAACUGUGAGCUCUACAGCCCACAACUCCCCCGAAACCCCUACAUCAUUUAUCCCUGAGCUACAGUUUGAACAUAUGGCUUUCCAUAAAAUCAUUGCGGGCAGCGUAGCCCUGUUCUUGUCAGUGUCAUUGAUUCUGCUGGUUAUUUAUGUCUCGUGGAGGCGCUACCCCAACACCAUGAGGCAGCUGCAGCAGCACUCAGUCAACCAUAAGCGCAGAAAAAAGGCCCGCAAGCAGGAACAGGACCUUAACUCUCAGUUGCAAGAGUACUAUCUGAGCUACCACUCAAACUCUGAGACAAUGGACUCCUUGGUGAACGAGCCAAGGCCGUGCACGUGCACUAUAUCAGGAUCAAUAGAAUGCGAGGUCUGAGCUGCCCACUAAAACACGAGAUAUAAAGUGCAAUUGCUAAGCAGAGGUAGAUAGGGUUUGUUUCCCCUCCGAAAAAAAAAAAAGAUUAAGUGGUUUUUAUCUCUAAUAUGAGAUGAUAGAUUCUGCAGCAGUGAAUAAAAUACUGGGGGGCAUAGUACAAUAUAAUUAUAUGCAGAGAAAAGAAGAUUGGAAUGGAGAGAUAUAUUUGGAGAGCUAAUUAUCGCCCUGACUGACACAAGAACAGUGGCAGGGUCAGUCGGGUUAGCUGUGUCUGACCUUACAAAAAGACUGGAUCUUUGCUAACGCGAAAGUCAGCUCCACAGAGAGACUGACCUUAUUCUUAGUCAGAGUAUAUUGCCAUAGAACAUAUGAGCCAACAAAGCCACUUUUUACUUGCAACUGUUUUGUUUUUUUUUAAUUUAUUACUAUUAUAUAGCUUGUAAAGCAUUUUGGAUAAAUGUCAGUAUCUUUGAGUGUAUGUGUGUAUAUGAGUGUGCUAUGGGGAUGAACUAAUAGGACUGCACCUUAUUCUCACAGAUAGUUUUUGUCCAGUUAAAUUAUUUUUGCAUUGGGCCCCACAGCAUAGCAGUAGCACUACCAUAAAAAUGGACGGGGGUGGGGGGCAAUCACAGAGAACAAUCUUGUCCUGAGAUCAUAUGCAUGAGGCCGUUCUCUUUACUUUAGAUGCUUCUUUCUCCUGUAAAAGGAUCUGUCCUGACUACAGAAAAAAAAGAGAAAAAAUAUGUGUGCCAUUUGAUUUGUUGUGAGAAAAGCCACACAGAUGAACCGUAUUUAAAUACCCAUGAGUCUGAAUCUCAGGACUGACGUUUUCCAAGCUGUACAAAUCUGUCAGGUCCAACAGAAGGCCUUGUGUGUGUGUCAAGAAGUAACAAUGUUGACUUUCAACAUAUUUUGUAUUGAUUACCGCUGUCAUUGUAUGGACUGUUUGUGUAAAGACGUAAUAAUGUGGAUACUAGGAAUUCUAUGUGACUGUAUAAUUAAAAGAAACACUGACAACUGAUGAAAAAAAAGAGAGAAGAAGAUGUGUGUGUGAUGAGAACGCUGACAUCUGACGCGGCGCAUGGCGAAAGAAUAUCUCUUGAAAUCCAUGCAUUGUGAUGUGGAUGUUUCACAUCUCAUUGGAUUUGCAGCUGCACGCGAGGGGGAGCUGACAUAUUUCCACGUGUCUCGUUUUCCUGCUGUCUUCUCUUACACCCUCUCCCGGCACUACAGUAUUGAUUGUAUCUGGGUUACACACCUCAAACAGAGGGUAGGGGGGCCGUGUCAGUCCCUGGGACAUAGCUGAUCUUGUUAAAAAAAAAAAAGAGGAGAGUAGUAUUAUACUCUCAGUUUUACUGUGGAAAGGUUUGCUUUAAGUGGAGCCCAAGUAGGCGAUGCCAUUCUUUGAGACAAAGAGACAUUUUUGGUCCCUGAAACCAGAAAGAGAUUAAGAAUCUCUGCUUUAUAUAACCAUGUAUUCACUGUCAGUUUGAAAAUACAGCUCUGGUGCAGUGAAAGGAAGGACAGAAUAGAGGCAGGCUACUGAGGGACAGUGGGUGUUACAGGUCAAGGCAGUUAUGCUAUUAUGAAGCUAUGCUUUUUUUCCCCCAUCUCCUCCUUUACGCAUUCUCUUUGUGUGUGUGUGUGUGUGUGUGUGUGUGUGUGGUUUGUUUACUGUGAUGACAGAAAAAUGAACCCGUGCCAGGAGACAUGCAAACGUUCACACGUUGAGCAAGACACACAGGCAGCACUAGUGUUAGCAUAUAUGAGCAAUAAAAAGGGGUUUUCGUCCCAACGUGAGAGAUUCAGCUGAAAAACAGCAUCCUACAGUCUUUCCCUCGCAGCUGUCGCAUUUUUUUGCUGUCUGCUUUUUUUUCUCUCCACCUGUUGUGUUUUGAAGUAAAUGCACGCUUGAAUCCCUCUUAUUAUCUGCUAUUAGCUUGUUCGCACGUCUCGUGUGCUAUACGUGGAAACUUUCUGACAGGUCAAAGGUUGUUUAGAUGGGGAUUUAUGAUCGCUCAAAAUCCACUUUCCUUAUCCUCCAGGCAGGCGUCGAGGCACGCUGCCAACAGAAUUUAUAUCCAUAAAUCUGGUUUCUAGCCUGCAUAUAUGAUGAAUUUCUUCUUGUGGGCCUGUGGGAAAAUCUGCGAGGCCGUACAAAGAAAAAAAACGUAAUAUGAACAGGACAAACGAUUUGUUGAUCUAAUUUUGGCAGCUAUUGUAAUUAGUGUUUGAUUUGUCGUGUCGUGAUUGAUGAAAAGCAAUUCCUUGUGUUUUGAAAUGUUUUGGUGUUGUGCGGCUAAGAAAGGAAUACUGAUUAGAGAGCUGCGGCCUGCAUCCUUCAGAUCGCUAUUGGAGGAUAUCUGUGCGGAUGAACGAUGCUAGGAAUGCGCUGCAUCGGCUUCAAGCAACAAUGCACAAGUAGAAUCACAUUUCACUGGCGAAAUCUGUAAAAAACUAAAUCUUUACAUACUAAAGUAUCUCAUACCUCUGUGAAGUUCAGCUCAGCAAGGCCAGAAAUGCUCACUUGCUGGCCCCUCCCUGGUGGUCAUGAAGUUUUGAUUUACAGCAGUCACUGGGGAUUUUUCCAAGGUAACGCAUGUAGCUCUUUGCACAAGGUGUAUGCUGGUUAUUUAAAAGGUAAGCAUGCUAAUCCUAACGCAGCAGUGAUGGUAUUUUAUCCCCUCAAACACAUAAUUUUCUUUUUAUCUGGCUGCCUGAUUUCUAUUUUCGAGGGAGGUAAUUUAAAGUAAUCACUCAAAAUUUGGGGAAUAGCAUAUUAGCAUUCGUGCCAAGAGUUAGAUGAGAAAAUUGAUAACACUCCUGUGUUUGUCUGGUAAAUAUAAGGCAACAGCCAGCAGCCAGUUAGCUCAACGUUGCAUGAAGAAUGAAAAUGAGGAAACUAGCCUUGGUUUGUCCAAAGGUAACAAUCGCCACCCAACGGCGUCUCUAAACCGCAGCAGUUAACAUCCCAUUUGUUUAAUCCUUAAACAAGCCAAAGGAUUAAGACUGUCAUAUGUAGUGGGUUAUAUCGCUGAUGUAACUUCCUGGAUCAGGUGGUGAGCCGACACCUUGUAUAGAUAAGGCUUCAUCUCAUUGUUUUUAGUUGUUGUUGUUUUUGUACAUAUCUAAGAUACAUGAUGUGUGUUUUUACUGAUAGUGGCUACAUUAUUAACCUGUUUACCGUUAGCUAUAUGGUGUAGAGGUUGCCGAACAUAUGAAAACUCCCUGGUUCAAGACCAGGAGGAAAUACCAACCCAGCCUAAGAGAAGACACAGGCUAGUGUACUCCCAGUGCUGGUCCAAAGCCUAGAUAAAUGGGGUCAUUGUGUCAGGAAGGGAAUCCAGUGUAAAAUUACAGUGCAGCCCUCCUGAGCCGGGCUCUGCCAGAGGUUUCUUCUUGGUAAAGGGAUUUUUUUCCUUCCCACUGUUGCCAAGUGCUUGCUCAUAGGGGGCCGUCUCUGUAUUACUGCAGGGUCUUUACCUUACAAUACAAAGCACCAUAUGAUGGCUGUGGUCGUGAUUAUGUUGUGCUAUAUAAACUGAAAUGAACUGAAAUUGAAAAUGUGUGCUAAACCAAAGGUGUGGAAUCAUCUGCUGUGACGACCUCUUAUAGGAAGUAAAGGAGUGUCUGAAAGUACUGAUAGUAAUAUUUGCUGGUUUGUUGACUUUGUUUUCCCUUUAACAAAGCAGUGGGAGGGUUUUACGCUGGGCCCACAGUAUUGCAGUAGCACUACCAUAA